AUGUGCGGGUCAACAGCAUCAGUGGUGGUGAUUACGCGGGACUGGCUGUACACCGCCAACUGUGGUGACAGUCGGAUCGUCUUGGUGCGCUCCCACGGGGCCGAGCCGCUGACUGUGGACCACUCACCCUCACGGCACGACGAGCAGGAACGCGUCAAGCGCGCCGGAGGCAGGAUCGUCUGGCAAAACGGCCUCCGCGUGAUGGGCGCACUCGCCAUGACGCGCGCCAUUGGGGACCACUUCCUGCGGCCGCACGGCGUCAUAGCCGAGCCCGAGGUCGCCGCAGUCCGCCGCAGCGCCGAAGACGAGUUCCUGAUUCUCGCCACCGACGGCCUCUGGAACUGCGUCGCCGCGGACGAGGCCGCCGCAGUCGCGCGCCGCGCUCUCGCGCGCGCAGAGGACGCGGCGCUGACGCGCGACGCGGCCGCGCUGGUCGUGCCGAGGGCGCUGACCAAGCUUGCGAUGGCGCGCGGCAGCACUGACAACAUCACUGUCGUUAUGGUGGACCUGCGCGGGGCGGCUGGCCCGCGUGCGGCGCCCAAGGUGGCACCCAUGACAGCGGCAGCCGGACCCACCACGGCCGUUGCUUCAUCUGCAGCCACCCUGGUGCAGUCGCAGGAUGCCGCAGCGGCGCAUGUCGCCCAGCCGGUUGCAUCGGCGUCGACAGCAGCUGAGAGCCCCUUUGGUGCUGUCAGCCUGCAGCUGCCGCAGCUCAACCUGCCGCGCCUCAAGACGCGCCGCGCAUCGCAGCAGCAGCUGCCGCCCAGCUUUGGCUGCGGCGCCACAGCGGCAUCAGCGAUGGGCCGCAGCAUGUCAGAGGCGGUGGCAGGCUGCGGGCAUGGCCAUGCGGGGGCCGGCAGCGCCGCUGCAACGCUGCUGCCGCUGGCCAUGGCGCGCGCCAGCUCGGCCCCGACGCGGCUGCAGCACGGCUACACCAUCACCACCGGGGGCCCCCAUGUGCUGGGCCUGCGCGCCCCGGCCGUCAACCCUAUGGCAGCACGCGCAGUGGGGCCAGCACAGCAAUGUGCGGCGCUGUAUCACGCUGCGCUCGCGCAAAGCGCAGCUGCUGCCGUGGCCCCAGGGGGUGAGGGCGUCUGGGCACAACGGGUGGUGUCGAGCACAUUUUGA